CGAACUCGAGCGGCCCGGGCUCGUGCGAAACAUGGCGGCCGUGCGGGAACGGAACAGCAGCAGGGCCAUAUGAAGGGAGAGGAAGAUUUUCCUGAAGAUGAGGCGAUUGAAUCGGAAGAAAACUUUAAAUUUGGUGAAAGAGUUGGAUGCCUUUCCAAAAGUUCCUGACAGCUAUGUAGAGACAUCUGCCAGUGGGGGUACAGUUUCUCUAAUAGCAUUUACCACUAUGGCUUUAUUAACCAUAAUGGAAUUUUCAGUAUAUCAAGAAACAAGGAUGAAGUAUGAAUAUGAAGUAGACAAAGACUUUUCUAGCAAAUUGAGGAUCAACAUAGACAUCACUGUGGCCAUGAAGUGUCAGUAUAUUGGAGCAGAUGUAUUGGACUUAGCAGAAACAAUGGUUGCAUCUGCAGAUGGUCUAGUUUAUGAACCUGCAAUAUUUGAACUUUCUCCACAGCAAAAAGAGUGGCAGAGGAUGCUGCAGCUCAUUCAAAGCAGAUUGCAGGAGGAACAUUCACUUCAAGAUGUGAUUUUUAAAAGUGCUUUUAAGAGUGCGUCGACAGCACUCCCACCGAGGGAAGAUGAUUCCUCAGAAUCCCCAGAUGCUUGCAGAAUUCAUGGCCAUCUGUAUGUCAACAAAGUUGCCGGCAACUUCCACAUAACUGUGGGCAAGGCAAUUCCACACCCCCGGGGCCAUGCACACUUGGCUGCACUUGUCAACCAUGACUCUUACAACUUUUCUCACAGAAUAGAUCAUUUGUCGUUUGGAGAGCUUGUCCCAGGAAUUAUCAAUCCUCUGGAUGGAACUGAAAAAUUCGCUGUGGAUCACAACCAGAUGUUCCAGUAUUUUAUUACAGUUGUGCCAACAAAGCUCCACACAUACAAAAUUUCAGCAGAUACCCAUCAAUUUUCCGUGACAGAAAGAGAGCGUGUCAUCAACCAUGCAGCGGGCAGCCAUGGAGUCUCUGGCAUCUUCAUGAAGUACGACCUGAGCUCACUCAUGGUCACUGUGACGGAGGAGCACAUGCCCUUCUGGCAGUUCUUUGUGAGGCUGUGCGGGAUCGUCGGAGGGAUCUUCUCCACCACAGGUAUGUUACAUGGAAUUGGAAAAUUUAUAGUUGAAUUAAUUUACUGUCGUUUCAGAGCUGGAUCCUACAAACCUAUCACAUCUGUACCCUAUGAGGAUGGCCACACAGACAACCACUUACCUCGUUUAGAAAAUAAUACUCAUUAGCAACCUCCCAAGCUGAGGAGAGACACUUUUUGCCUGAGACAAAACCUUUUUUUAAUAAUAAAAUAUUGUGCAAUAUAUUCAAAGGAAGGAAAAUAUGAAUGAGAAACAGGAAUCACACCAGGGGGGAAACACAAACUGAAAUCCCAUGUCUGUUGUGUCUACUACCAGUGCCCUUGAAGGAAAUUAUGCAACUAAUCUAUCAGUGAACAGCCUCUGGAUAACUGCUGGCUUUGAAGUGGGGCCAUCCAGCCGGACCCCAGAACCUUGCUAGUGGCUUAUCGGACUUAUAACUUGUCUGGUGUCAGAACCUGAGGAAAAUAAGGGAAACCCACAGGAAAGUAAAAGGUGUUACUAAGUGCAAAUGUUCCAAUCGAUUUGUUUUUAAAAAUCCUAUGUCAGAAUAAAAUAUGUCAAAACACA